AUGAAAAAUAAGUUAAUUUAUUUCUAUGAGGACAAAGAAAGCCCAAUAAUCACGGAUGGUUAUGCUUACAGGCAUGUCACACGAGUGGCGGAUGUAAAAGAAGAUGCUUUGGAGUCAUUGUAUGAGGAAAGGUUGAGAAAGAAACAGCCAAAUAAGGAAAUAGAGGAAAAUGCAAUUGAGGUUGAUCCUGUUGAUGCACUUCCUGAGAUUAAGAAGGUUGAAAGUGAAUCUAAUGAAGGCGAUGCCACUGGACAGAACCUAAGUGUGGUAGCGUUGACAAAAGCAGAGAAGUGGGCAACGUUUAAGAAAUUGAGGAAAGAUGCAAAGAAACAAGUGAAAGAGGAAGUGCAGCGAACUUCUCAUGCAGAAGUUUUGAAAUACCAGCCGUAUGCUUCAGACCCUAACCUUAGUGGUGCACUUGCAUCAGUCCUUUGGGAGCUGAAUCUUCUAACAAAAUAUUAUCAUCCAGCGGUUUCUACUAUGGCUUCUGGUAUUUCAACAAUGGGCACCACAAAUUAUAAGGUUUAUCAUUCCAUCGUCUCACCUCAACAAGCUAUUAAGGAAUUAUCUGUAGAGCAGGAUUCAAUUGUUCCAUCAGGUGAUUCAAAAAUAUCAAAAAGCAAAAGAAAGCUAGGAAUUGACACACUUUCUUCUGUUAAAGUUCGACCGGACAUAAAUUUGAAGGAUCAAUCUGACGAGAAUGUGGUUAGAAAGAAACUUACCGAGCAUUUUUUGCUACUUCGUGAUAUUACAGAAGAGAUUAAAGGGUGA